AAAAAAAAUCAACCUAAGAAUAACAUGUUGAUCUCUUACAAUUUCCCACCUUGAGCUCCCAACCGGCCGCGACACGAGCAAUUACAUUCAGAGAAUUAGAGAGAGAUUAAACGGGGGAGAGUGAAGACCAACAAUAACAGACCUGAGCCAUGGCCAGACGACACGUCAUCCCUCCACCAAACGCAAUAAAACUCCGGGAACUACCGUUACCCAGUCGUCAACAUCUCCCUUCUCUGCAUCACCUUGAAGACCGCAUCGCCAUUCAGCAGAGCGAGAUCCAAUCCCUUAUUCAAGACAAUCGACGGCUGGCCGCCACACACGUGGAUCUCAAACAAGAGCUCUCCCUCGCAGAACAAGAGCUCCGCCACUUAUCUUCUACUGCCGCCAAUGUAAAAGCCGAGAGAGACGCCGACGUGCGUGAGGUUUACGAGAAGUCGUUGAAGUUGGACGCCGAGGUGCGUGUAAUUGACGCGAUGAAUGCGGAGCUGGAUGGGGUGCGGGCGGAUGUAGAGGAGCUUAGUGUGGUCAAGCAGGAGUUGACGAAACAGUUCGACGAGAUUAACGAUGAAUUGGCAAAAGCGAGGGCAGAGUCAAAGGAUUUAACUGUGAUUAAGGCCGAGAUUGAGAGCUUUCGUCGAGAAAUUCAACGGGGAAGGGCUGCUAUUGAAUAUGAGAAGAAGAAUCAUGCUAGUAAUCUUGAGCAAAGUCAGAUAAUGGAGAAAAAUAUGAUUUCUGUGGCUCGUCAAAUUGAAAGACUACGGGCGGAGAUACCCAAUGCAGAGAAGAGAGCAAGGGCGGCUGCUGCAGCAGCCGGAGCAGCAAACCCAAGUGCGGCCUAUGCUGCAAACUAUGGCAGUCAUGUAUAUGGAGGAAGUCUAUAUGCAGAUCCUUACAGCUUGCAUCAGGUUCAAGGUGGAGCUGAUCUUGCUCCUCAAUACGUAUCUGGAGCAGCAGCACAUGGUCCUUAUGAAUUACAGGGAUCCCAUGUACAAAGAUAAGGAGCUGAACGUUGCAACUAUUUUUGUUCUCUUCGGGUAUUAAAGAUUUUAUUACUUGCGAAUUUAUGGAAAACUUUCCUUUGUUCAAAACCCUGUUAAUACAUAAUUUGAUAUAUCAAAGGCUCUUGGGUAAAAGAUGAUGCUGAGUAAAAAUAGUGAUAUUAUUGUCAACCCUGAUUCUGGUAUUCUUGUUUGUCUUCAGUCCUGAUACAAUUUCUAUGAGAAGUUGGUUUAUAAUAGAAAGGGAAGAAAUGUGCUUUAGGUUUCA